ACGUAUAGCGACGGUCACAUUGCGGGUGCCCUCUGCAAAAUUUUUUAUUAAAUUUAUUAACAAUAUUUUACACCCAGAGGAAGCUGUUUUAAACGAAAAGGUAAAAACAAAGUCAGGCACCAUGCGAUUUGCCCUUGGCUUUGUGGCCAUUAUCUCGGCAUUCUUUUUCCUGGUCGACGGAGUGGAUCCCGGGAACUUCAAGACCUGUGAACAGAGCAGUUUCUGCCGACGUUCCCGGAAGGUUCAGAGUGCGGGCAGCAAGUACGCCUUGAUCCCGGGCACCCUGAACACCUAUGCCGACUCACUGACCGCCGAUCUGGUGAACAAGGAGAAUCACCACCAGUUCGCCUUUAAGCUGGAAGCACUGGAGGGCAGCACGUUCCGCCUGCAGAUCGACGAGAAGCAGCCUCUCCGACCUCGAUAUCGCGUGGAACAUGCCCUCAAGGGACAACCGCAGGCCGGACGCAUUCGUGUCCAGCGAGAAACCGACGGGGAGAUCGUCAUCACAUCGGAUAAGAACAAGGCCGUGGUCCACGGCGACCCUUUCCGCAUCGACUUCUACGAGAACGAUGUCCUGGUGGUCUCUGUGAAUGCCAAGAACUGGCUAUACUUCGAGCACUUGCGUCAGAAGGCGCAGGAGCCGACUACGGAGGCCGCGGAGAACGAGAACCAGCAGGAGCAGGAUGCCGCUGUGGAGACUCCCAAGGCAGCAGACGCCAUCGAUGAUCCCGGGGCAUGGGAGGAGAACUUCAAGUCGCACCAUGACUCCAAGCCCUACGGUCCGGAAGCGGUUGCCCUCGACUUCUCUUUCCCCGCUGCCGAGGUCCUCUUUGGCAUUCCGGAGCACGCUGACAGCUUUGUUUUGAAGUCGACCUCGGGCACGGAUCCCUAUCGCCUCUACAACCUGGAUGUGUUCGAGUACAUUGUGGACAGUAAGAUGGCUCUUUAUGGCUCGGUGCCGGUGAUCUACGGUCAUGGACAACAGCGCACGGCUGGUGUUUAUUGGCAGAAUGCAGCAGAGACCUGGGUGGACAUCCAAACUUCGGAGACCAAUGUGGUCUCCUCGUUGGUGAACUUUGUGUCCGGCUCGCGGAAGACACCUCCGCCGGCGGCCCACUUUAUGUCCGAGUCGGGCAUCGUUGACGCCUUCAUCCUCCUGGGUCCCAAGCCGAUGGACACCUUUAAGCAGUACGCCGCUCUGACGGGAACCCACGAGCUGCCGCAGCUAUUCGCACUGGCCUACCACCAGAGCCGCUGGAACUACAACGACGAGAGGGACGUGACCUCCGUGUCGGCGAAGUUCGACGAGUUCAACAUUCCCAUGGACACCAUGUGGCUGGACAUCGAGUACACCGACGGCAAGCGCUACUUCACCUGGGACAAGUUCAAGUUCCCGCAGCCGCUGACGAUGAUCAAGAACCUCACACAGCUGGGCCGCCAUUUGGUGGUCAUCAUCGACCCGCACAUCAAGCGGGACAACAGCUACUUCUUCCACCAGGAGUGCACGGAGCGCGGCUACUAUGUGAAGACCCGCGAGGGCAACGACUACGAGGGCUGGUGCUGGCCAGGCGCGGCCAGCUAUCCCGACUUCUUCAACCCCGUGGUCAGGGAGUACUACGCCAGCCAGUACGCCCUGGACAAGUUCCAGACGGUCACCGCCGACGUGAUGGUGUGGAACGACAUGAACGAGCCGUCCGUGUUUAACGGCCCCGAGAUCACGGCGCCCAAGGACCUGGUGCACUUCGGCAACUGGGAGCACCGCGAUGUGCACAACUUGUACGGCCACAUGCACCUCAUGGGCACCUUCGCUGGCUUGCAUCAGCGCGACCCCAACCAGCGGCCCUUCAUCCUUACACGCUCUCACUUUGCCGGUUCCCAGCGCUAUGCUGCCAUUUGGACGGGCGACAACCUGGCGGACUGGUCUCAUCUGCAGCACUCGGUUAAGAUGUGCCUCACUGAGGCGGUGGCCGGGUUCUCAUUCUGUGGCGCCGAUGUCGGGGGCUUCUUCGGAAAUCCGGACACUGAGCUGCUGGAGCGCUGGUACCAAACGGGAGUGUUCCUGCCCUUCUUCCGGGCGCAUGCCCACAUCGACACGAAGCGCCGGGAGCCGUGGCUCUUCCCGGAACGCACUCGCCAGGUGAUCAAGAACGCGGUGCUCAAGCGGUACUCCUAUCUGCCCUUGUGGUACACCGCCUUCUACGAGCUGGAGCUGACCGGCGAGCCGGUGAUCCGGCCUUUGCUCACCCACUAUCCGCAGGACAAGGAGGCGUUCGGCAUCGACAGCCAGCUGCUGGUGCAGGACCGCCUGCUCGUGAGGCCCGUCAUGCAGCAGGGCGUCAGCAAGGUGGACGUCUACUUCCCGGCCAUUGAUGAGAAGAAGAACGGGGACUGGUGGUACGACGUGGACACCUACCAGCGCCAGGAACGGUCCGGCUAUGUGUCGGUUCCCGUGGACGACAACAAGAUCCCCGUGUGGCAGCGCGGCGGCAGUAUUGUUCCGAAGAAGGAGCGCCAGCGUCGCGCCUCCACCCUGAUGCUGCACGACCCGUACACACUGAUCAUUUGUCUGGACAGGCAGGGCAAGGCAGCCGGCUCCCUGUACCUGGACGACGAGAAGUCCUACGCCUAUCGCCAGGGCCAGCGCAUCCACGUGAACUACGAGUUCGCCAACGGCCAGCUGGUCAAUCACUUUGUGGGCAAGCCCAAGUACAAGACCGACGCCUGGAUCGAGCGGAUCGUGGUCGCGGGCCUGGAGAAGGUGCCCAGCAGUGCCACCAUCACAGUGAAUGGCGUCAGCCAGCAGCUGGAGGUGCUCAAUCACGACCAAUUCGUCGUCGUGCGCAAGCCGGGCGUCAAGAUGGACCUCGACUUUGCCAUUAAACUCAAUUAUGUGUAGUUUUAGACGUCCCCGCCACGUAUUAAUGUUCUGAUAUACCCUUACAAUAUAUACAUACCUUAGAAAUUGCUAUUAAAAUGCUAUUAGCGCAGCUCCCGCAGCCAA